GCAUUACCAUGAGUUUACAGUGACGGUACUCGCUAGCGACUGCGUAAAUGAUUUGUAUGGAGAAUAGUACAGCGCUGUCGGCGGUCACUCAUAGAACUAAAGAUCGGCAGCAUGAGUUCAACGCUAGCGAUUACUUUUCGAUAGGUAUUUUACCUAGCUCGCUAGCGAAUAACGUUUGUAGCUGUUGCCUAUAGAAAUCGGUACCAUGAGUCACAUUUUUGACAUACGCUAUCGAGCAAUACGUUAUCGACUGUAGUAAUCUAUUUCACUGGCAUAUUGGAGCGUGAAAACUUAUUAGAAUUCGUGUUAUAGUAUUAAUUUCUUAUCAAGAUUUAUGUAAAUAAUGUCAGCAAGGCAUUAUUUGGUAUGGGAUAUGGUAGCGAAGGCUGCAUAUGAAGACGAACGACGUGAACAAGGAAAAUAUCAAGCCGAUAUGAGAAAAAUAUUAAGAAAUCCACUUCAACACAUAAGUGAGAAUAAUUUUAUUAAAGAAUAUAGGCUUAGCAAGGAAGCAUUUGAGGAUUUGUGCGAUUUGUUAAUAAAUCAUGGGGAUUUGAAAUCCACUCAAAGAGUGUCAGUGGAAUUGCAGGUUUUAUGUGCAUUACUAUUUUAUGCACAAGGUAGUUACCAACGUAUUACUGGCAAGGCACACCAUUUUUCCCAGGAAGCAGUGAGUGUUUAUAUUGAAGAAGUAACAACUGCUUUGAACCACCCCAAUAUUGGAAAAAGGUUUAUCAAUUUUCCAACCACACGCCUAGAAAGAGAUGCCAUUAAACAAAGUUUUUUCAAUAAAUAUGGAAUCCCAGGGGUGAUAGGAAGCAUUGACUGCAGCCACUUCAAGAUAUUUACACCCAAAAAGGAAGAAGAACACUUAUAUUUCUGUAGAAAGCAUUAUCACUCAAUGAAUGUACAAAUGAUAUGUGACCACAAUUGUAAAAUUUUAUCCAUUAAUGCUAAGUUUGGAGGUGCAGCCCAUGAUUCUUUCAUAUGGGAAAAUAGUAAUGUUAACAAUUAUAUACAGUCUUUACACAGGCGUAAUGAAAUUGUCUGGCUUUUAGGUGAUUCUGGUUACCCUCAACGACCAUGGCUGAUGACACCAUAUUUAAACCCAACUCCCAACUCUAUUGAAGAAACUUUCAAUGCAGCCCACACUUCUGCAAGAGUUGUUAUUGAAAACACUUUUGGGCGAUUGAAGAACCGUUGGCGCUGUGUACACCGAGAUAGGACUUUACAUUAUAGGCCAGAAAAGUGCUCACAAAUUAUUAUAGCAUGUUCUGUGCUACACAACAUUGCCUUAAAGUACAAUGUUCCGGAUCCCGAAGAGAUAUGUGAACAAGAUCAAGAAUUUCAUCGAGAGGAAGUGGUGUUGGAAGAUGGAGGUGCUAGCGAUUUAUUAAUGGGAAGAGCACUACGGGAUCAGUUAGCUAGAAGACUUGCAUCAAGACGGUCAUAGUAUAAUUAUAAAUAAUUGUUUUAAAAAUGUAAUGUUUGCAAAUACCAAGUAUCAUUUGUUAAAUAGGUAAAACAAAAAAUAUACAUACACA